AUGUCAGACAGCGUAUUAGUUCCGACAAACAAGCAGUCAGUAGAUCCUGAUUUGUUUCAACCAGACUUGACCAGCGCUAUACCUGCACCAUCGACGCUAGAGUCUGCUCCACCUGGUCUACCUCCUACUUCAACCCCUCUACCUACAUUGUCUUCAACCCCUCUACCUACAUUGUCUUCAACCCCUGUACCGUCAUUCGCAUCCCCUCCACCACCAUGGGCUACCAUAACGAUCAGUACGCCUCAAAACCCUUUGAUCGAUGGAAGAUACCAGGAGACACUUUUCGUGGAGAGCACACCACUCACCACUGUUACUGUACAAGUGUCACCAUCGCUUCUUCUUAUCGUUGGGGACGAGACGAUACAGACGGGAACUCCAGCAUCGACGACAGACAAUAUUGUCAUAUUCCUCGCACCUGAGCGGACGACUGGGACGACGAUAAUUUCUCCAGCAAUCUUAUUCUACACCGAUGGCUCAGUGCCACCAUUCUCAGUGCCUAGCACGACGACACGACCUGGCGAGACUUCAACCAAUGCGCCCGCUUCCGAUCCGGGCAUAAGCAGCGGCGCAAUAGCUGGCAUAGCGAUCGCCGGCGUCCUCGUCCUCGCCCUCAUAGUAGGCGGCUGGUUCUUCUGGCGGCGCAGGAAGCGGAGAGCGCAACCUUCCACGAACACCCUAACCGACGACGAACUGGCCAGGCGAGAGGGCGAUGGCGACAAAGUGGUUCUUGACCCGCACCAGACUGCCCCAACGACCGGCGCAUAUCAAACACAAUACCAAGAGAUGUCUGGCAAUGGCCUCACUCAAGAGCUCGACCGCUCGCAUUCGUACAAGUUUGCGAUUGGAGGGGCGCAUGAGCUCAAGGCUGACGAUCGACCGGGGGAACUACCAUUUGCUGGGAUAGAGGAACACGGGUCAACGGAUGACCUUGAUGUGGUCGAUGGAGCAGGGCCCGAAAUGACCCAAGUGCCGCAAACGAAUCGUACUGCCACGCAGGCACCGCAGGUUUCUCUACACGUAGAAGCUCAGAGACGGAGGGAGGUAGAAUGGUUAGAAGCAGAAGAGAUGAGAAUGAGACAGCGACGGGAAGCGCUUCUACAACAGAGUGGUGGAAAGACUGAACAGUAA